AGGCUAAAGAUAACUAUCACUGUGAUAUAUAAAAAGGUCAUUCUUAGCCUUUGAAAUAACUUUCGGCUUACAUUUUCCAAAAUUCGAAUUUUUCAGCUUAAAUGUGUUUUUCUUCGUACCUCCGCCAUGUAUUCCACUGUUGAGAAAAAGUCCAUUCCCGGCUACAUGAUGUACAUCAAUGGCGGUCUGGCCGGGAUGAUGGGCACCUGCAUUGUGCAACCACUGGACUUGGUGAAGACCAGGAUGCAGAUCUCGGCCGCCACGGGCGAGUACAAGAGCUCGCUGGAUUGCCUGGUAAAGACCUUCAAAAGAGAGGGUAUUCUAGCCUUGUACAAUGGACUGAGUGCGGGGUUAAUGCGACAGGCCACGUAUACGACAGCUCGCAUGGGAUUCUACCAGAUGGAGAACGAGGCGUACCGCAAGCACUUCAAUGAGUCGCCAACCGUUUUGGCCAGCAUGGGCAUGGGCAUCUUGGCCGGUGCCUUUGGGGCCAUGUUUGGCAAUCCAGCGGAGGUGGCCCUCAUCCGAAUGAUGUCCGACAACCGGUUACCGCCGGCCGAGAGGCGUAACUACAAGAAUGUGGGCCAUGCCUUCGCCAGGAUCGUCAAGGACGAGGGCGUGCCGGCGCUCUGGCGCGGAUGCAUGCCCACUGUGGGUCGCGCCAUGGUCGUGAAUAUGGUCCAGCUGGCCUCAUAUUCCCAGCUUAAGAACGCCUUCUCCCAGUACUUCUCGGGUCUCGCCCUUCACAUCUCGGCCGCCAUGAUGUCGGGUCUGUUGACCACCAUUGCCUCCAUGCCGCUGGACAUGGCCAAGACACGCAUCCAACAGCAGAAGUCCGGCGAGUACAAGGGCACCAUGGAUGUCCUGUUUAAGGUCUCCAAGAACGAGGGCGUCACCGCCCUGUGGAAGGGCUUUACACCCUACCUGUGUCGCAUUGGGCCGCACACUGUGUUCGCGUUCAUAUUUCUGGAACAACUCACCAAGGCCUACAACCGCUUUGUGCUCGGCGACUACUCCGAAUCCAAUAUCUAGGUCCUAAAUUGUCAAGUAUCCCUAAGUGGAAGUUCCUUUACAAAUUUCCAGAGUACCCAAAACAGCGUAAUACUUGUUUUAAAGUUGCCAAAAUCAUUUUAUGACCUACAAACACUCCGAUUUUAUUGAAAUAUUGUUGUACGGAGAUUUAGGUUUCAAAUUUUUGGCAGGAUCCUUUCUGUUUUCCUUUAAUUAGUGUUAGGACACCAUGUACAAUGUUCCAUAUAAAUAUAUUGAAUUUGAACUUAA